UCGCCUAAUGAAUGGGUUAAUAGACUUAAAUGGUUUGAUAAACUUAGCCGGCUAUGGCAUGACAGGGAAGCAAAUAAAUAUUUUAAUACAAAAUGUAUUUGUCGGGGAAGCGUCUUGUCGGGGAAACAUCCUGUCGGGGAAACGUCUAG